AUGACCUCGCUGGCAACCCUCUCGGCGCGUGUCACGAGCUUUAAUCGUGUAUCAUUUUGCACGUAUACAACGGUAGUGACUCUAGACGGUGUCUCAUGGACGCUCGCCAUUCGCUACAGCAAGUUCCUGGCCUUUUACGACCAGCUCAGAGCUGCCGAGCGCAGUUUUAAGUUUAAUUUUCCACCCAAGGGCGGCUUCUUCUCUACGCCCAAGCCCGAGGACCGUCAACCAAGACUGGAUGCAUUCCUUCAAGCAGUGAUGGCGUUCUUCUUGAAGAGAAAACAGCCUGGAAUAAUGACCAAGCUACUACGCGAGUUCCUGCAGAUAGACAAGAGCCUGAGAGAGGCCAAGAAGGCGCACAAAGCUAAGGAAGAGGAGGAGCAAACGGCUAGCGAUGAAAGUGCCAAUGAAGAAUCAAAUGAAGUGUCCAAGCCCAAGGGGGAGGACGAGAAGAAGAAGACCGAGGAGGAGAAGAAGAAGAAGAUCAAGCUCUCGGACAAGGCUCAAGUGGGUAAAAAGGCGCUCGUCAAUGCUGCAGCUGGGGCAGAAGUGGCAUCUGCCACUAAGGAUGAAGCUGUGAAGAUCAAAAAGGAAGGGAAGGAGGAAGAGAAGAAGGUGAAGGUGGAAGAGAUUAAGGUGAAGGUGGAAGAGAAGAAGGUGAAGGUGGACGAGAUUAAGGUCGCGCUUAACGUUGAAGAGAUGAAGGUAGAGAAAGUCGCAGCUAAGGAGGAGGUAGAGGUGAAGGUUGAGCAAAAGGAGAAGGUCGCAGCUAAGGAGGAGGUAGAGGUGAACGCUGAGGAUAAGGAGAAGGUUGAAGUCCAGAAGGUGGAGGUGAAGGUUGAGCAGAAGAAGGAGGAGAGCAUGACUGAGGAGCCCAAGGUUUAUGGCGUCCUGGUCGAGGAGGUGAAGGUAGCAAACGUGAAGACUUCCGAGGUGAAGCCGACUUCUACUUCUACCACAACUACAAGGACAACAACGACGACUACGUCGAAUGGGUCCACGGUUGUAGAGACGAAUGUGACGAGCCAGCCGACAGCGUCCAAGACUGUAGUGGGUAAGACGGUGACGGUUACGAGCAAUGCGGACGACAUGCACUCGUUCAGGGUCGAGAUGACGGAGAAAAAGGCAUCGGUCGUCACACUCUCAGCUGCAGCCAAGGAGAUCGUGAAAGACGCGGAGCAGAAGCCAGAGGAGAUCGUGAAAGACGCGGAGCAGAAGCCAGAGGAGAUCGUGAAAGAUGUGCAGCAGAAAGCAAAGGAGAUAAUGGAGACUGCAGGGCAGAAGCCCAAGGAGAUAAUGGAGACUGCAGAGCAGAAGCCCAAUGAGAUGGUGGAGGCUGCAGAGCAGAAGCUUAAGAAGAUGGGGGAUGAUGUGGAGCAGAAGCCCGAGGAGAUGGUGAAGGCUGUGGACCAGAAGCCCAAGAAGAAAAAACGUAGCCAAAGCAAAGAGAAUAUCCAAAAAGCUCCGCUCUCGUCGGCGUCGACGGUGAGCGAUGGUUUUGAGUCGCCUGGUGGCGUGGACGAGGUGGGUCGCGUCUCAGACCUUUCGGAGUCGCAGAAGAAGGCUCGCAACCAGCGCCGAAAGGAAAAGCGAAAGAAAAAACAGAAGAAGGCUAGCGUUAAGGAUUUGAAGGUGUAA